AUGAUUUCCUCACUUCUUCUCGUCGCUGCUGGUGUCGCAACUGUCUCUGCGGCACCAAACCUGAAGCCAAGGGCGGACCCAUCAGCAUUCUGCUCCUCGUCAGACAGCACUUACAAGCUUUCCUCGUUCGACGCGCCAGUUCCAGGAUCCGGUAAUGCCAAUGGCAUGUCAACAUGGGACCUCACCAUUGACGACACAUCCGCCGGCCACAAGCAGAAGAUCACAGGCUUCGGUGCUGCUGUCACGGACGCCACCGUCUCGGUCUUCAACAGCCUCAGCGACUCGGACCGAUCCCGUCUGCUGGACGAACUGAUGACCAGCAGCGGUGCCGACUUCAGUCUGAUGAGGCACACAAUCGCCUCGUCAGACCUGAGUGGCGACCCGGCUUAUAGCUACGACGACAACGGCGGCAACGUGGACACAAGCCUGGGCGGGUUCAACCUCGGCGACAGGGGCAACGCGAUGGCUUCUCUGCUCGCCAAGAUGCGCAGCUUGAAGUCUGGCCUGACUAUCCUCGGAUCGCCGUGGUCUGCGCCCGGCUGGAUGAAGCUGAACGGGGUCUUGUCCGGCACCACCGUCAACAACAACCUCAACCCCAGUUACCGCGAUAGCCUCGCCAAGUACUUCGUCAAGUACCUCCAGGCUUAUGCCGCCAAGGGAGCCUCCGUCGACGCCAUCACCAUCCAGAACGAGCCGCUGAACAGCCAGUCCGGUUACCCGACCAUGUAUGUGUACGAGGAUGAGAGCGGAGAUAUUAUCAGCCAAAAUGUUGGGCCGGCACUCUCUGCCGCUGGGCUUGACACGAAAGUUUGGGCCUAUGAUCACAACACAGACGUUACAUCCUAUCCCCAGACGGUCCUGGACAAAGCAUCACAGUACGUGCCAGCCGUAGCGUGGCACUGCUACGCCUCCAACACAGACUGGGCCACCCUCACCGACUUCCACAACAAGAACCCAAACACUCUCCAAUACAUGACCGAGUGCUGGACCUCCCCCCAGACCGGCUGGUCAGCCGCCGCAGACUUCACCAUGGGCCCUCUCCAAAACUGGGCAUCUGGCUCGCUGGCAUGGACGCUGGGGUCCGACACCACGUACGGCCCGCACCUGUCCUCGGGCGGAUGCGACGCCUGCCGCGGGCUGGUCGUCGUCGACACCUCGGCCCGGACGUACUCCUUUGCGAUCGACUACUACAUGAUGGCGCAGUUCAGCAAGUUCAUGCCCAAGGGCGCGACGGUGCUGAGCGGCACGGGCAGCUACUCGUACGGCGACGGCACGGGCAUCCAGAGCGUGGCCACGCUCAACCCGGACGGCACCCGGACGGUCGUCAUCACCAACAAGUUCGGCAACGACGUCUACGUCACCGUGUCGGCCAAGAGCGGGGACAAGUGGAGCGGCCGGGUGUACCAGAACUCGGUGGUCACUUGGGUGCUGCCGGCCUCGGGCUAG